AUAAUAAUAAUAGAGAAUUCCGCGUGCGCGGGGGGGAGUUGGCCUAAUGCCCCUGUGGGUUCGGCCUGCCGCCGCCGCGGGGCCUCUGACACUGCGCGCCAGGCCAGGUUCCGGAAAGCAGUCUGCGCGGGCGGGGAGCACAGGCCCGGGCGGCCCUCUCGCGCCAGGCUGUCCGCAGCAGGGGGCUCGCACGCACGCCUUCCCUGGCAGUGCUGGGGCGCGGGCUAGGGCUGGGUGGGAGGACAGUGGCGCCGAGCGCGGAACCGCGCAGGAGCUGGGCGCAGCACGGCAAGCGGGGACCCAGGAGGCGGGAGGUGGCUCCGGAUCUGCCGAAGCUGGGACCACGGCUGUGCCUGCCAGCCGGGAUCGGGAAGUCACCACCCACUCGCGUCUGGACUCGCCACGGCGCGUGACUGGACGCUGGCCUGCUGUGCACAGACCCCCGGGUCUCCGUGCCCGUGUAGCUGUGGAGCCGCCGGGCGCUGCUGCCCAAAGCAAUUACGACGCGCCGGAGGCGACCGCCCCCUCACUCGGAGACAGUGUGGUGGGCGCCCGUGGUGGGGAGCUGCGCCGCUGUGAGGCCUGUCACGGCAGCAGGAACGGGGGCUGA